AAGAUUCAUAAAAAUGGAUGAAGAAAGUAUUCCAAAACAUGAUAUACCAAAGACAAUCCACUCAAUGGGUGAAGAAUUUGUUAUUGAAAUCAACUCUGACUACAGCGAUGAGGAGGGAGAGGGGGAAGGGGAGGAAAACAGCCGUGUUUGGGGAGCAGACCACAGUGAUGAGACAGAUUCUAUGCAACCAUGCACUGCACAACCAAAUCCCUCCAUCAAAAAUGAAGACAAUGCCUGUCCACAAGUCGCAAACACAGCAAAAGUGUCCAGUCCAUUAAAGAUAGGGAGAGACAUGGCGGGUAAGGUGAAUUUCAUUGGUUUAGAGCCUGGAGAUGGCGGGUCGUCAUAUGCUGAGGUUGAGAAGGAGGAACCUUCAGGGCUGGAAAAUAUUCAGAUUGUUAAUGUCUGCACCCUUGCCCAAGAUUUUGAAGAUGAUAUGAAAGAUGCCACAGAAAAUAUGGGGAUGUUGGACCCAAACUCAAAACAGGCCAUAGCUCCAGAGGAAGAUGCCCCUCAGGAUUCAGUGUUACCCAGCCCACCAAACAUGAUCAUUGUCCAGGAGCAUCGAUCACAGAGUACCCUUUCAGUGAUGCUUGUAUGUAAGUUUUGUCAUCAGUUGUUUCCCACUCAUGAGGCUUUGUAUUACCAUGCCAAGAAUCACAGAAGUUUUGAAGCCGAACAUUCCGUAAACAGGCACUUUCACCAGCAAGUACCUGUUGUAAAAGAACAGGUGAAGAAAAAGAAGGAGAGACCAGUUCAACCAAGUCCUGAGGAUAAAUCUAUUCUGAAAAAGAGAAAGAGUGAUGAGCAAGCCACUUCUGAACAAAAACCAAUAAAAAGAGCGAAAAGGAAAAUCCAAGGGCAGGCUGUUGAAGAGAACAAGUGUGAAAAAUGCGGCAAAAUUUUCAUGAAAGACUAUCAGUAUAAAACACAUAUUUCACUGUGCAGUGGAAAGACAACCAAAAUGGCAACUUGUUUUCAAUGUAACAAACUGAUUCCAGCACACGAAGAAUAUGAACAUUCUUUGAAAUAUCAUAAUGUAGUCUGUCAAAUCUGUGGCAAUAAUCUGAUGACAGAAUCUAGACUAAGAACACACAUGAAGAUUGCACACAAGAUUUUGGAUUAUAAACAUGAUGAAAAGGCUAAAAAUUUACCUGAAGAGAAGAAAGUUAUCCUUAUUGUGGAACAAGCGUAUUAUAAGACAUGCAUCUGUGGCAAGGUGUGUGGGUCGCACGAAGAGUAUCAGGAACAUAGGAAAACACAUAGAAAACACAGAGCUGAUAAAAAGACAGAAAGUGAGCCUAAAGAGGAAAUUAUUGAGGAACCAAAAGUUGAAGAAAAAUCUGAACAGAAAAAGAAUGAUCCUAAGGAAAUAAAAUGUGAAAAAUGCGGUAAAAUCUUUUUGUCAUCUUACCAUUUAGGGAGCCAUCAGAAGAGAUGUUCUGCCACGGCGGUAAAAAUGACGCUUUGUGAUAUUUGUGAAAAGCUGGUUCCCAUGGAUGAACAUAGAGAGCAUGUCUAUUCUCACAGAAUGGCUUGUGAACUAUGUGGCAGAAUUUGUAUGGGAGAAAGGCAUCUACUGCGCCAUCAUUGUCUGGCAAAACAAAAAAUGAAAGAAGCUGCCAGCAAAGAAAGGAAAACUGCCACGGAGAAGUGUAUUUCAGUAAGGAAUAAACUCUCGAAAUUAGAAAAACUUAAAAGGCGUGCAAUUUUAGCAAGAAACUUGAAAAGAAAAUUAACAGCAAAACAGGAAGAGUUGCUAUCAAUGGACAAAAAUGUUGUAGAAUCUCAAAACGUGACAAGUGAAGCAACCGGUAGUGAAAUGGGAGAAAAUCAUGUUGUAAGGGAAAAUGAAAAAGCAACACCAGUUGUUGAAAAAAGUGUGAACAAUCCAGUACAAUGCAAGAAUGAUGCAGAGGAAAAAACUGAUACUUUUGAUUUGAUUCCUCCAACUAAAGAGAAAGAAGAAAAUAAAGCAGUCAUUACAGCAGCUUUAAGUUGUAGCCAAUCAGAAAGGAAUCCUGAAAAAGAUGGCAGCCAUAUUUCCUUUGAAAUGGAACCCAUCAAGGACAAUGUGAAUAAGCAAACCACAAAUAAGAUGGGUAGAAGAAAAAGGAGGUACAAAAAAGGGAACCUGGGGAUAAGAAAGAAACAAAGGACCAGGAAGGUACAUGUUACAGGAGAAGGACACAGGCAAAAGGAUAUUAUUUCCUUAGCUCUGGCUGUAAUGGAAAGGAAAUGUGAUGAAAUUGAUGGAUAUAAUGUUUCAAUGGCAACAGGCAGUCAACAUCAAAUAUCAGCCACUGGAGUGGAACAAAGUGAGAGAAAGACAAUUCAGAAAGAUCCCUCCCCAAAUAAUAUUCCAGUAGAGGUUAAAUUAUCUUCAAAAGAGUCAGAGAAAAAAGAGGAAGAGAAUACCAAAAUACACGAAGAUAUACAAAAUUCAUCUACUUCUACAAUAACAUGUUCUAGUGAAGAAGAAAACAUUGCCAAUUCAUCAGACCUUGAAGAAGAUCAAGUAGAACUUUUAAAAGAUUUUAAAGUUCCAUCUUUAGCACAUGUAGAAUAUACUCCAGUAAUAACAGUCAACUGGGUAAUUAAAUCACACCUGGAUGAAUGGUUAUUGCCUACUUCCAAGUCCAAGAAAAAUCCGGAAGCAUGGAUCUGUCGCCAUUGUGGAAAACAACUCAAAACUCGGGAAGAGGGUUUGAGUCAUAUGAUUAAGUCCCACCCAUCCAACAAGACAACCAAAGAGAUUGUAAAGGAGUUAAACAAAUCUAGAAGACACGUUUAUUAAAAAAAGUAAAGUUUCUAUACAACAUAAAGGACAUCAAAAUAGUUUCUUGAAAAGUGUAUGAUCAUGUUCAGAUUAAUGUAAAACUGCACAUAUGUUCACUCAUGUUACUGUUAAAAGGGACAUCGUUUAUGAUUAUUAUCUUGUUGCAAUCAACUUCAUUUCUGGUAAAAUUAUCUCGUUAAACAUUUAAUUUUAAAAUUAA